CCGCGGAGGAAUCGUUCGCUUGACAACCGGAGCAGGGACAGUGUCGCGGGCGGCGAGACAACAGGAGCCCGAGGACCGGAGCCUGAGGACUGGCUACAGGAUAAACACAGACCCGAACGAGGCAGCCCGACCCCUGGGACUCCCGAGAGGACCCACGCGGCCUGUGUAUAUGCAGACGGCAGCAGGCUUUCACCAUGACUGCAGAGGAGACCAUAAACGUGAAGGAGGUGGAGAUCAUUAAGGUGAUCCUGGACUUCCUGAAUUCGAGGAAGCUGCACAUCAGCAUGCUGGCGCUGGAGAAGGAAAGCGGUGUGAUAAACGGACUCUACUCAGAUGACAUGCUCUUCCUCAGGCAGCUGAUUCUGGAUGGACAGUGGGACGAGGUGCUGCAGUUUAUUCAGCCUCUGGAGUGUAUGGAUAAGUUUGAUAAGAAAAGGUUCCGCUACAUUGUGCUGAAGCAGAAGUUUCUGGAGGCUCUGUGUGUGAACAACGCCAUGUCAGCUGAGGAUGAGCCACAGCAUCUGGAGUUCACCAUGCAGGAAGCAGUGAAGUGCCUCCACGCUCUGGAGGAGUUUUGCCCCUCUAAAGAAGACUACAGUAAGCUGUGCCUGCUCCUGACCCUGCCCCGGCUCACCAACCACGCCGAGUUCAAGGACUGGAACCCCAGCACGGCACGCGUCCAGUGCUUCGAGGAGGCCUGCACCAUGGUGGCGGAGUUCAUCCCGGCCGACCGCAAACUGAGCGAGGCCGGAUUCAAGGCCAGCGGCAACCGCCUGUUCCAGCUGCUCAUCAAAGGCGUGCUGUACGAGUGCUGCGUGGAGUUCUGCCAGAGCAAAGCCACGGGCGAGGAAAUCACAGAAGGAGAAGUUCUUCUGGGGAUCGAUAUGCUGUGUGGAAACGGCUGCGACGAUCUGGACCUCAGCCUGCUCUCCUGGCUCCAAAACCUCUCCCCGAGUGUUUUCUCCUGCGCCUUCGAACAGAAAAUACUCAACAUCCACACGGACCGACUGGUCAAACCUGCCAAAGCAGCGUACGCCGACCUGCUGACCCCGCUGAUCAGCAAACUGUCCCCCUACCCCGCCUCCCCCCUCCGCCGCCCGCAGUCCGCCGAUACGUACAUGUCUCGCUCGCUCAACCCGGCACUGGACGGCCUCUCCUACGGCCUCUCGGGCCUGGAGAAGAGAGGAGGGGGAGGAGCCACAGACCCGGGGAAGGCCUCUCCCAUGUCGCAUUCGUUUGCCAACUUCCAUUACCCCAGUGGUCAGAACCUGAGCCGCAGUCUGAUGAUGGAGGAGUCGCAGUGUCACAGCAUCUUCGAGGAGUCGCCAGAGAGCUCCAGAACAGACACUCCCUCUGAUAAAAUGAUGAGUUCAACGGGUCCCCAGAACUCCCGGCCUGUUCCCACCCCAGGCCAAGACGCCACAACACCCGGCUCCGCAGAGAAGAAUGAGCUGCGAGACUCCACAGAGCAGUAUCAGGAGUUCUACAGGCAGCGUUUGCGGGUGCAGCAGCACCUGGAGCAGAAGCAGCAGCAGAGACAGCUCUACCAGCAGAUGCUGCUGGAGGGAGGAGUCCAGCAACAGGAGACUCCGCCCACUGCCAAGCACAACCUCACAGAGACCUUCCUCAACAGGUCCAUUCAGAAGCUUGAGGAGCUGAAUGUGGGGAUGGAUGAUUUGGGGGAGGAGGUGCAGGCUCUGUCUCUGCAGUGUAACGGGGGAGGAGGAGAGACGAGGAAAACAGCAGGGGGGGACGCAGACCCCCCGAAGCCUAACGAGGGGACAGCCGUCACCAGCAGCACCCCCCAGAGACCUGGAGCUGGAGCAGCCGUCCAGCCCCCCGCCGAGUCCCCUGUGCAGUCCCAGAGUGUACAGAAAGCAGGUCAGGGUGAUGGAAGCCUGACACGGACUAAAGGAACGGAGGAAAAGGCGAAGUUCGUGGCGGUCAGUACUCUGGAGGACACUCAGGCUGUGCGUGCUGUGGCCUUCCAUCCUUCAGGAGGGCUGUUCGCUGUGGGCUCCAACUCCAAAACCCUGCGUGUGUGUGCCUACCCUGACACACUCGACACCAGUGGCUCUAGUGUGAGUAAGCCGCCGGUGGUGCGUUUUAAGAGGAAUAAGCAUCAUAAAGGAUCUAUAUACUGCGUGGCGUGGAGCUCCUGCGGGCAGCUGCUUGCCACCGGCUCCAACGACAAAUACGUCAAAGUUCUGCCCUUCAACCCCGAGACCUGCAACGCCACAGGUCCUGAUCUGGAGUUCAGUAUGCAUGACGGGACGAUUCGGGACUUGGCGUUCAUGGAGGGUCCUGAGAGUGGGGGGUCUAUAUUAAUCAGUGCUGGAGCGGGAGACUGCAACAUCUACACCACCGACUGCCAGCGCGGACAGGGGCUACACGCCCUCAGCGGACACACAGGUCACAUUCUGUCUCUGUAUACGUGGGGGGGCUGGAUGAUUGCGUCGGGCUCGCAGGAUAAAACAGUGCGUUUCUGGGACCUGCGUGUGCCCAGCUGCGUGAGAGUCGUGGGCACAGCCUUCCAUGGGUCAGGUAGUCCAGUAGCCUCGGUAGCCGUGGAUCCGAGUGGACGUCUGUUGGCGACGGGUCAGGAGGACAGUGCCUGCAUGCUGUAUGACAUCAGAGGGGGGCGGAUGGUACAGACGUAUCGUCCUCACAGCAGCGACGUCCGCUCUGUUCGCUUCUCUCCCGGAGCACACUACCUGCUGACCGGCUCCUACGACGCUAAGGUCAUCGUCACUGACCUGCAAGGUGACCUUACAAAGCCGCUGCCCUUGACUGUAGUAGGGGAGCACACUGAUAAGGUGAUCCAGUGCAGAUGGCAUCCUCAGCAGCUGUCCUUCCUGUCCUCCUCGGCUGACCGCACGGUUACUCUCUGGACUCACAACACAUAGAGCCUCCGCUCACCACCAGGGGGAGAUAACACCACGCGUCUCACUCUACUGAACAAACUCACCCACAUGGAUCAAAUGUAAAUAGUGUGUGUGUGUGUGUGAGAGAGAGAGAGAGAGACUGUAUGUUAUUUAUUAUGUAUGUACUCUUUUUCUUCUUGGUCUCUAACAGCAUCUCUUGCUUGCUUCCUCUUUGUGAACAGUGUGUAUAUAUUAGCAGUUGUGGUUCUAACAGGCCUUUUCAGGUGACCUUGCUAAACUCCAGAGCAUUUCGUGUAACGUCAGGAGAUCACAGAGAAACUUGAAAACUACAAAAGUCAAAUGUUCUUGUUUGCUUUUUGUUUUAUGAAUUAUCCCAAGACAUACAGAUAAAUCAGAGGUGCAGUACCCACUCUGCCCACUCCAUGGCCUCAAAAUGCCAUUUACAAUUCGCUGUGUCUGAAACAGAAGAAAUGCUGCCGGCAGGAUCUGAGGCACCCAGUCAUGUCUGGAUUAAAGUUAAGCCUUCUGUUUUAUUGGGUGAAAAUGCUAAAUGCUAAUCCCAUUUGAUUCCGGUACAGAGACCUGCAUUACUCCACUGCCUUCUUAGCGAGGCAGUAGUGUGGUCAGCAAGGUAUCAGGGUGUCUUCUUGCAUUUCAGAUUGUUUCAUGUUGAUUUCCACAACACAUACCACCUCUCCAAGCAUGUGUGCCUACUAUAUGUGUGUGUGUGUGUUUACUGCACCCUGUGGAAGAAGAUAAUCAGUAUUUUAUAGGGGUGUGACGAGACACUAAUAUCACGAGACGGGACGAGACACGAUACUGCGUUCACGAGAACGAGACGAGAUUUAAAAAUACAUUUUCAAAAUGAAAAAUGGCUUAAAAACUAGAGUUUUAUUUGACAAAAUCGUAUAACGCAAAUUUAACAGACUGGUUUCUCUCACACAUUGAUUCUAUAAGAAAUAGAAAUAAGAAUAAGAAAAAAAUAAUUCUAGGUCUCAUAUAGUGCAAACAAUAAGUGCAUAACCAUAACCAGUCAUAUUAAGACUGUGGUUUGUAGUUUUUUCUCCUAAAUCUCUUGUAAUUUAACUCUGCAGAACCAUAACCAGUCAUAUUAAGACUAUGCUUGCAGCGAAACAGAGACAGAACAUGUUUUUAAAUACAGUACAGAGCUAAGGGAUUAGUACAGCUGUCUAUGAAACAGUCAGGUGUAGGAUUUACUUACAGUAUUUAUAUAUGGUUUGUAUCUUGUUGGUCACUCUGUUACCGUUUAUUGUUUCCACUGGAGCCAAAAUGCAGCCAGACAUACAACUUAAAAGUAGCAGAAGCAUCUUCUAUAUCAGGGGUAUUUAAUUAGAAUUCAGUUUGGUCCAGUUAGAGGAAAUUCCUCACCUGUCUCUCUGUUGCGCUCGGCGUGACUUUAGUUUCUUUCUGGGUGCAGCUAUUUUGCCAUCAUUUCGUUGACAGUAAAUACAUACACUCAUUGUUAAAAGAAAUGGUUGCAAAAUAGUUGCAUUUACAGAUCUCCUGUAGGAAUCAGCAUUCUUUAAUCAGACCAGUUCAGCUUCAGAUUAAUAGAACCAGUGUAUUAAACAGCUGGAUUAGCGGCUGCUUUUAAUGUUUAAUGUUUGAACCCAACUCCUAAAAAACAAACCCACACCAUAACCCCCCCUCCACCAAACUUUACCCCUGCUUUACUGCAUUACUGCAUCUGAAUUCAGUGAAUAGGUGAGUGAAUAGAUUCUGCAACAUAGUGAGACACGUUUACGAUUACAGUGUCUAACCUACGGGUUCCUUAUUCUAAUUCUGCGAACAACAUGAAAUGCAUGUUUUGUUUUUUUUCCCUGUUCAGAUACACCUGAACUCAUCAGCUAGUUAAGUGGUGGGUCAGUUAGUUUGUUAUAACAGGGACAACACACACAUCUGCAUUGCAUGGGGUCCAAGCACUGGGAGGGAGAAGCUCUGAAUGAACUACUUUUCUAGGAAAAAAAGUCCCAUGUGUGUAAUUUUACAGAUACACAGUAUCAGAUAUUGGUGUAAUAUUGGAUUUAAUGUUGGAAUCAUAUGGUGUGUUUCCCUUUUAUUAACAUUCCAGCAUUCGUAUACUACAGAAAUAACUGUGUUAGUCUAUAAUGCAAAUUCAGAUAGAUCUGAUAUCAGCGGUGCAUCCCUGCAUUUAUCUGUUAUUAUUUUUAUUGUUUAUUUUGACGGGAUGAUUGGUUGAUAUAUAUAUUUUUUGUCCAAUUUAUGGGGGAACAAAUAGGAAAACUGCAGUCAGAACUGCACAACCAUUCAACACAUAUCUAUUAAAGAAGCCCUUCAGCUGACCUGUGGACAGUCCCUAGCUUUGCUUCAGUGUGCUGUGUAUGCAGUAUGGUGCCUUAGGUCAUGAAGUCAUAUAAUAAAAAUGAACUAGAUAUUGAUACAGUUCAGUGAAACAGUCAGUAUCUGUGGAUUUCUGCUGAACUGUCUCUAAUAGCAUGGCACUGUUAGCUCACACCGGCUUUAUGUGGUUUAACGGUCUCCAUCUUUCCUCUGAAAAAAGCUUCUAGAAUAUUCUUUGCUGCUAAAAGGAGGCUAACGCAGAUACUGAAAAAAAAGCUCUUUUUAAACGUUUUGUGGUUUCUAGUGCUGCAAAGCUUACAGUCCCUACAGUCUGAAGCUGUGUUCACACUGCAGGUAAAUGUGACUCAAAUCUGAACUAAAACUGAAUCUGAUAUUUUCAAUUCUGAUUUGGGCCAGUUUGAUAUGUGGUAUUAAAAUCCAGAGCAUAUAUGAUUUGAGGCAAUCUUAGGUCAAGAAUUAGGAAAGAAUGUACAUGUAAAAAAAAGAAAAUGAAAGUGUGAAGGGAAAAUGGAUGUUAGCAAUGAGUAAGGGGUUCAGUCAGGGGAUCUCGUAAAAUGUAAAAUAUAUAAAUAUUUGGUCUGUGAGCUGAAAUGCAUUCUCAGUAAAAAGCCCUGCCCAGUGAAACCGAAACUUCAUGUGAAGCUCUGCUCUUUUGUGUGCGGGAGUGUCAGAUACACAGUAGGGGGCGCAAAGACCAAUCAAGUUACUCAGUUCCCAGUAUUCCCACUGAGAUAAAAGCUUAUACUGUCUCACUCCCGACUGAUUUAUGAAUAUCCUGCACUGUGGAGCUGUGAUGAUGCGGAAAGUGAGUAAAAUCUAAUUACAGAGUCAGACUGAGUUUAAAUGUUCACUGUGAGAGACUAGAUGUACAGGUUCUGUGCAGCUGCGGUACUCUGUAAAUGGUUUUAUUUUUCUCUUUUAAAAUGUAGCUUGGGAAGUACCGAAUAUGUAAGAAAAAUGUAUUUACAGACGUGUUCAGCUGUUAUUUAAAAUACUAUUUGACACAUUUGUGGCUUUAGUCAAUCAGCGUAAAACAGAACGUAUGGAGUUUAAAAGCUGACAUUAGUAUUGAAUCUGCACUUAAAUUAAAUUUAUCUGACUUUUGAAUAAACUUGGAAUAUAUAAUGGGGUAAUUCAUACGUUUAAAUUUUAAAUAGUGCUACUUUGUGUUUUUUACUUGAAUAAAUUAAAAUAUAACUUAUCCAUAUAUUUUCAGAUUAAAAAAAUGUAUAUCCACGAAUUCAGUAAGAAAUGUGAAUUUAUGCCAAAUUUGAAACACUCCUUAAAGUUCAUUAAAAGUCAAGUAAAUUUAAUUAAAGUAGGUAGAAAAUACAGAUUCUAGUACUUUUCCAUUUUUAAUCUUCAAUAAAAAAACGGACGAAAAAAGAGCUAGAGAUUGAGUCUCUAAAUUGAGAAUCAGAUUUGAAUUGGAUUUGAAUCGGAUGUGAAUCAGAUGUGAAUCAGAUGUGAAUCGGAUGUGAAUCAGAUGUGAAUCAGAUGUGAAUCGGAUUUGAAUCGGAUGUGAAUCAGAUGUGAAUCGGAUGUGAAUCAGAUGUGAAUCGGAUUUGAAUCGGAUGUGAAUCAGAUGUGAAUCAGAUGUGAAUCGGAUUUGAAUCGGAUGUGAAUCAGAUGUGAAUCGGAUUUGAAUCAGAUGUGAAUCGGAUGUGAAUCGGAUGUGAAUCAGAUUUAAAUCAGAUUUAAAUCAGAUUUAAAUCAGAUGUGAAUCAGAUGUGAAUCAGAUGUGAAUCAGAUGUGAAUCGGAUGUGAAUCAGAUUUAAAUCAGAUUUGGGUCAUAUUUGGGUGAUAUUUGGUAGAAAGUGAGAAUUGGGGCGCUGUGAGCUGCUGUGUGAACGCAGUGUUUGUGUUUGUUGUGCUGCACUAUGCUGGUCCAGUACUGGUAUGGGAGUAAAUUCAUGUUUUUUUAAUAAGUGAUUUGUUCUGCGCUCUGGUGUGAAUGCCUGUGAAGUGGAUGGAUGUGAUUAAAGUACUCUUUUCUUCUGAAUGCUGAACUAGAAUGAAAUAAUGUGAUUUGAUAUGUGUCUGAAGGAGGCGCCGGUUCUUCAGACUCUUCAGUGUAAAGGGAACAGCUCAACUUUCAUGUGACACUGAUGAUGAUGAAGAUGAUGAUGAUGAUGAAGAUGAUGAUGAUGAUGAUGAUUUCUCUUUCUCUCGCUCUUGUUUUCUGGCACUUUUCUUGUGUUUUCUUGAGCUUGUAAUAUAUUUUAUCAUGAUGUAGAUUUUAUUUAUUUCAGUCAUUUUAAUUUGUAUUGAUAGUUUAUUUUAUAUCAGAACUAAACUAACGUCUGUAUAUUUAUUUAAACGCUUCUGUUACAGAGCACUGAUCUAAUUUCUCAUUGAGAUUACAGUGUAGUUAGCCUUUUUUAAAAUCGAGAACAAAUGUUAUUAACGCUUAUGGGAACAAGUGUCUGCUGCUGUAUAGUCCAAAUAAAGGCUUUUUGUCACCUGUUA